UUGUCGGAGACGUGCGCUUUUGGUUAAGGGGAAAUAUUUUAAUAUUCUUUUUUUCCGGCCAAUGAAAGUAACGGUUGUUGUCCUGAAUGCAACUUUAUAAAGCAGGCAAAGAGGAGAAAGCGAGAUUUUUGCUCAACGAACUACAUAUCCCAUGAUGCACCUACCCUGGUACGGUUCGUUUAGCUUCCGAGUCAUUUCGAGCGACGUUGGAGGCACAUUUCAACCGCUUUUUCCUUCCUUUUGGGAAUGGAUCUUGGUAAGGCAAAGCUGCUUAGGAGCGGCAUCAACACGCUACACCAAGCCAUCCACCCCGUGCACGGGAUCGCGUGGACCGAUGGAAAGCAGGUCUGCCUGACGGCUCUCUACUUCGUCAACGGCGAGGUGAAGUUCGGCGACACCAACGUAAUCGGGCAGUUUGAGCACGUCUUGGGACUCUCCUGGGGCCCGCUGUGCUGCUCGGACUCCCCGGCGCUGCUGGCCGUGCAGCACAAGAAGCACGUCACGGUGUGGCAGCUCCAGCUCAGCGCCCUGGAGCAGAACAAGCUGCUGUGCACGCAGACCUGCGAGAUGAGCGAGCCCUUCCCUUUGCUCUCUCAAGGCUGCGUCUGGCAUCCCAAACUGGACAUGCUGGCCGUGCUGACGAAGCGGGACACGUCCGUGCUGUUCUCUGUGCGGGUGGACAACCGGCGGGUCAAAGCGGACAUCAAAGGCAGCGGGCUCAUUCACUGCGCGUGCUGGACCAAGGACGGCACGCGCCUGGUGGUGGCUAUAGGCGGCGCACUUCAUUCGUUCAUUUGGAACGACAUCCAGAAAAGUCUGGUGCCGUGCACCUUUUGCCCCGUCUUUGACGUGGGGGGCUACAUCUGUGCCAUCGAGGCCACCGGGGAGGCCCAGGUAGCCGUGGCCACAGAGCUGCCGCUGGAUAAAUUGUGCGGCCUGAACUCUGGCAUGGCUUUUGACCUGCCAACAGAGGCCGAGUCUCUGCAAGGCCACGGCUCUCACGUGGUCAUGUCGGACGAGGACGCUGUUCUGGAGUCAAGGAGGAGGUCGUUUGAGUCCGAGAGAUCCUACAUCCCCAGUUCAGGCCCCCUUGAUCUUACCCAUCUCCUGGCGAGGCACCGUCGCUCGGACCCCAGCCCCCUUAUCCAUCUGCGCCGCAGGGACACCAUGACGGGUUCCGGGCAGGACAGCUCGCACCUGGUUCUGGUCACGUACGAGCGGAAGGUCACCACCACCCGCAAGGUGAGCAUUCCGGGGAUCCUGGUGCCGGACGUUGUUGCUUUUGAUCCGCGUGCCUCCACGGUCGCGGUGGCUUCCAACACCUGCAACAUGGUUCUGGUGUACUGCAUCACAGCCUCCGCCAUGCCGAACAUCCAGCAGAUUUCCCUCCAGCAGAACGAAAGGCCCAAAGGUGUCUGCUUCCUCAGCGACAAGGUGCUGCUUUUGAUGGUGGGCAGGCAGAAGUCGAGCGAUCCUGCCUUCCUCCCGUCUUCCAACACGGACAAAUAUAUCCUCCACAUCACAGCCAAAGAGCUAGUGUACGACGGAGGAACAGCCAUCGCACCAUCCCCCUCUGCCAUCAACCACGAGUCUUCUUCUAAUUUAUUCGCAGGGAUUAGGAGGCACUCAGAGCACCUGUCAAAGGAUGACAGGGAGCGCCCUGGGAUAAAAGACUUGGUGCUGCCUGGGAGGGGGGUCAUUUGCUCGCCAGGGAACAGACGCCGGCUGGUCGAGGAGGUCAGGAGCAGCGAACCCAGCCCCGUCGCCAGCUCCGUGGACUUCUCUGAGCGGCCAGAAAGAGCCUCGUCCAGCACUUCGUCCAUCCCGGUCGAGAACUUUGACAUGGACCACGUCAGUCGGAUGAGCAGCCUGGCCGUGGGGGGCCAGGCCAGCAGGGACUCCAGCCGGGCGAGUUCUCCCCGCUUCGAGUCGUCGGAGAAGAUCCUCUCGGAGCCGCCGACGCUGCCCCUGCCUGAGAAAGCAUCCGGACUGACGAGGGAGCGCUCCCUGGAGCAGCUCGUCCACAACAUGGAGAGGCUUUUCACGCGCUUCGGAGACGUGCAGCGGUGCCUGACCGAAAUCGGGGACCAUACGCAGAACGGCAGGAAGGCUCCAACAGUCUAUCCCAACGCAACCGAUCCGCCGUACGUCAGCGUCACAUGCCAGAAGCAGUUAUCAGAGAACGUGUUCAUCGAUGAGAGGAGGCCGGUGCUCCUGUGUGACGGAAAGCUGUGCCUGCGUGCCAUCCAAGACCUAUUUAACCUUACCAUUGUGGAAAUGAUGUACGGACCAUUGUGGAUCAUACUUGUGGCAGAUGCUGAUGGCUUCGUGCCUCUGACAUUCAAGCCCAAAGAUGAACUGACGGUGCGGAACGGAAAGAGGAAAUCUGCACUGCGGGCUCUUGGAAGUCCGGAGAAUUCCUGCCCCUCCAGUCCAGCGCCGACCCAAAGCCCUACGACGACUGCAGAGGCCUCCAUUUAGUCCAUCCUGACGAGCACCUGUACGGACUCACAUAGGAGUGUUUCUCUUUGACUUCCACAUCUGCAAUCUCAAUGCCACAGAAAACCCCUGUUAAUACUGCAAAUUAUAUUUUUAUGCUUAAAAAAUGUUUGGUUGUUAACAGGGCUGUCUUUUCCGAUUGUAUAUUUCCAUGUUGCUUCUGUAAAUUGAGAUUAACCUAAUAAGUACUGUUCUUUUUCUUUGAGGAAAUGUGAUGCAGUCUUAUAUAGUGUUCCUUCAUAAAAAAAAUAAAAGCUACAGCUUCUAGGCUAUAUUUUAAACGUGUUUAAGAUGUGUCCCCUGCCAGUAUUGGCAUUUUUUCCCCGAAAGGAUUACUGUAAAAUCCCAACGAGUAUAAAAUACAGUUUUUACAACUAAAAUGUCUGUAUUUUCCCUUUACAGUUACUUAAAUAUUAAAAUGUUAA